GCCUAACGCAGUAAAGAGCCGUCCACCAAACAGUUCGGUGCGUUCACUGUGAGGUAACCGGUGUGAUCACAUUUUUUUUCGUUUGAUUCGCCUUUUCAGUCUUCACGGAUACACUCUCCGCUAGUGACGUACCUACCCUUACUCUUAAGUACAUCUGCAUUAGAGUAUCAGUUGUUACUACCUAUGUAGUUAUCGGUAUAGUUUAUUCAAGUGCCGCGUAUCAUUUAUCGUUCAAUUUUGUGGCAGGUUGUCAUCGAGCUAUCUGCAUACAGUUUUUAAAAGUUGGUUAUGUCUUUCAAUAGAAGAACACAAGCACGAACAUACUUCAGUACAAUUCAGAAUUGAUCAACUUACAGAGGGAAUGCAAGUGGUCACGCGAUUCAAAUACAGUUAGAAGUGCAUCAGAGGAAACCAAUUGAAAAUCGAAUCCAAGUCGGAAGUGGGUUGUCGUGAACAUCAGCACGCAAAACCGGAAAUGCGGUUAAUUGUACAGUGUCCUUUGUUCAUAGUGACCCGUCUAACUAGGACGAUAGUAAUUUGUACCAGUGACGAUGGACUGAAACAAGGUGGUUACUAAAGUUGACAGAGAUAUCAAAAGAGUGAUAAAAAAAGCUUAGCAAAAAGUGUCCUUAAUUUCAAUUAAGCACGACAGUUGGCAGUUCAUUGCGGGUAACCAAUACCUGCCAGAUGGGAUGUAAACACUUGGUUGGAAACAAACGGAGCUUCAAACGCGCGUCAGUAAGACAUAAAUCAUGAUCAUAUUCCUAUAUCUGGUACUGGUCCUCGCGUGGGCAUUGCUAAUAAUAGUGCUCAAAUGUAAAAAGGCCCGCGCCAAACGACUCGCCGAGCUAGAGGAAGCGGCUCAACCGGUGCACGUAGUCCAGAUCGGUUCGAACCUGUACGACAUUAUGGCCAUUCAGCAUCAUCACCAUCAUCGCAGUCCGUAUGGAACGAUGUACGACUGCCUAGGUACGGGUGACCAUCAGCCAACCGGCACCGGCCAUGCACGGUCUACGAUGACCAGCGUCACGCACUCAAACGCAGCCUUUGUGGGAGACGACGGCAGUGUUUACCCGGGCAGUAAUAUUCCACCGCUAGAACCACCCCCAUCGUAUGACGAGGUGAUACGGUUGCCCGCGUACUACCCCAAAGUGGAAACAUUCGUGCCCGAAAUGGUGGUACCACCUUCAGAGCCACCUCCACCCCCUAUAGAUGGUCAAUCGAGUAGAGGAGCGGGCGAAGGCCGGCCUACUGCCGCUACGGGUGAACAUGUUAAGACGAUCUCAGCGGUGACGUCAACGACGAAUUCCUAGUCCUCUGUUACAGAAAGUUAGCAUAUAAUAGAAGUAAACAGUUGUUCGUUAAAGCUAUGCAGCACAUUCUAGGACAUUUAAUGCGCACCCAUGAAUGGAAUCUCUUGUGUUUGAAAGCGGGUAUAGUUAAGAAAAUACAUAUAUUCUACUUUGGAAU